GCGUGCCGUGCGUCGCGCGGGGAGCCGGUUCCCGCCAUCCGCCGCCGCGCCCCUCCGCGGGCCGCAGGUUCCGAGGCCGUGCCGGCCGCGGUGAGGCCCCGCCAUGGCCCCGCUGAAAGUGCACGGCCCCGUGCGGAUGCGCAGCAUGCAGACCGGCAUCACCAAGUGGAAGGAGGGCAGCUUCGAGAUCGUGGAGAAGGACAACAAAGUCAGCCUGGUGGUCCACUACAACGUGGGGGGCAUCCCCAAGACCUUCCAGCUAAGCCAUAACAUUAAGUCUGUGACCUUACGACCCAAUGGCAGAAAGCUGUGCUGCCUGAUGCUGACGCUGAAGGAUACCAGCUUCCUGACCAUCGAUAAGGUACCGCUUAAAGACGCGAAUGAGAUGCGGAUGUAUUUGGAUGCGGUCCAUCAAGACAGGGUUCACACCGCUGGGAAACCCUCUCAGGGAUCUGGCAGCUUUGGAGGUGUGCUGGGCAGCAGGACCACACAGAAGGAAGCUAAUAGGCAAUUCUCUUAUAUAGAGAAUCAGGCUCCUCCCAAAAGGGUGACCGUGGAAAGUAAGGAUGAAAAUCCAUUUCGCAAGGUGCUGGGCACCCCAGCUCGGGCAUCUGUUAAGAACUCCAGUGGAACUGGAGCACCUAGCAACAGGGUGAAUGUUGCAGCAUCUCCAACAUCAUCAGUCCCCCACAGAACAGGCUUGCUGGAGAGCCGUGAAAAGAGGAAAAGAGCACAACCUCCGAGUUCAGAAAUGAGUGAAGAUUAUCCCAAAGAGAACGAUUCUUCAACGAAUAAUACAGCCAUGAGUGAUCCAGCAUGGAAAUACUUAAACAGUAGCAGAGAGAAACAGUUAAAACUGAAGCAAGAGGAGGAAAAUAGGACAUCAGGUGUUUUACCGCUGCAGUCAUCAUCCUAUUAUGGCAGUAGGUCCUCAUCAAAAGAGUACUCCACUAGCAGUUCCACCCUGGACAGGUCUAGUGUAUCCAGCCAGACUACUUCAGCCAAAAGGAGCCUGGGAUUUCUUUCUCAACCUGCCCCUCUUUCUGUUAAAAAAAUGAGAUCUAAUCAAGAUUACACAGGGUGGAACAAACCCCGAGUGCCCCUUUCCACCCACCCUCAGCAGCAAUUACAAGGGUUUUCUAACUUAGGAAACACCUGCUAUAUGAAUGCCAUUCUCCAGUCCUUGUUUUCAAUCCAAUCCUUUGCUAAUGAUUUGCUCAAGCAGGGUAUCCCAUGGAAAAAAAUUCCGCUCAAUGCACUUAUCAGGCGUUUUGCCCAUCUCCUAGCAAAGAAGGACGUCAGCAGCCCUGAGGUGAAGAAGGAGUUGCUCAAGAAGGUGAAAAGUGCCAUUUCAGCUACUGCAGAGAGAUUCUCUGGGUAUAUGCAGAAUGAUGCACAUGAGUUCUUGAGCCAGUGUCUGGACCAGCUGAAAGAGGACAUGGAAAAGCUGAACAAAACUUGGAAGAGUGAACCAGUCCCUAAUGACGAUAGCUCACCCGGACGGGCUUCUGAUGAUCUCUCAGCUACCAAAGUUUAUACUUGCCCAGUUAUCAGUAACUUAGAGUUUGAGGUUCAGCAUUCUAUCAUCUGUAAAACGUGUGGUGAAACGGUCACCAAACGGGAACAGUUUAAUGACCUCUCCAUUGACCUUCCUCGAAGAAAGAAAUUGUUUCCUUCUCGGUCCAUCCAGGAUUCCCUUGACCUCUUCUUUCGGGCAGAGGAAAUUGAGUAUUCCUGUGAGAAAUGCAAUGGAAAGUCUGCUGUUGUCACACACAAAUUCAAUCGGCUUCCCAGGGUCCUCAUUCUUCACCUGAAACGAUACAGCUUCAAUGUAGCAUUGUCUCUCAAUCAUAAAGUUGGGCAGCAGGUGGUUAUUCCCAGAUACUUAACCCUGCUUUCACACUGUACAGAGAGCACCAGGCUGCCACUGACGCUGGGCUGGAGUGCCCAUUCUGCAAUCUCCCGUCCACUGAAAGCCUCCCAGAUGGUGAAUUCCUGUACUAUAAGCACUUCCACACCUUGUAGGAAAUAUACUUUCAAAUCAAAGAGCUCUGCAGCACUCUAUGUGGACUCAGACAGCGACGAUGAGCCCCUGAAACGCUCUGUUGCCAAUAGCCAAAGGUUGUGCAACAUACAGUGUAGAGAUCAGCAACCACUGCAAGAAGAGCCAGAAAAGAGUUCAAAAAGAAGUAAAAUGGAGGGCGAUAAACCUGAGCUGGGCAACGCUGGUUUUGAUGGGAUGAGCGAAGAUGAGCUGCUAGCAGCUGUCUUGGAGAUUAGCAAAAGGGAAGCUUCUCUGUCUCUGAGCCAUGACGAGGAUAAGCCCACAAGCAGCCCGGACACUGGGUUUGGAGAUGAUGAAAUUCAGGAAUUGCCCGAAAACCUGGAAACGAUGGAGACAGAGAAACCCAAAGCACCAUUAGAAUCAGGUCCUGCCAAUUUCACUGAGAUAACUAAAGAUUUUGAUGAGAAUAAGGAAAACAAAACUCCGGAAGGCUCCCAGGGAGAGGUUGACUGGCUGCAGCAGUAUGACAUGGAGAGAGAGAGGGAAGAACAAGAACUUCAGCAGGCGCUGGCUCAGAGCCUUCAAGAACAAGAGGCACGAGAACAAAAAGAGGAUGAUGACCUUAAACGAGCUACGGAAUUGAGUCUACAAGAGUUUAACAGCUCUCUCCUGGACAGCGUUGGUUCUGAUGAGGACUCUGGGAAUGAGGAUGUGCUUGACAUGGAGUACUCAGAAGCUGAAGCAGAAGAGCUGAAAAGAAACGCUGAGACAGGAGAGCUGCCUCACUCCUAUCGCCUCAUCAGCAUCGUCAGCCACAUUGGAAGCACAUCGUCUUCAGGUCACUAUAUCAGCGAUGUCUAUGAUAUCAAGAAGCAGUCCUGGUUCACCUACAACGACCUGGAGGUGUCUAGAACUCUAGAAACCACUGUUCAGUGCGACAGAGACCGAAGUGGCUACAUCUUCUUCUACAUGCACAAGGAUAUCUUCGAUGAAUUACUAGAAACAGAAAAAAAUGCACAGCCACUUAGCAUGGAAGUAGGCAGAUCGAUCCGCCAGCCGCUGUGAGGAGUCCAACACCUCGUACCUCUGGAGGAGCACGGAGGAUCCUGAACUUGUGCCAGGCGUGCGGGAGUAACACACAGCUCAGGGCCAAACCAACAGACAAACGGUAGAGAUACGGAUGCUGAUAUGUUUUUUGGCAGAACCAUCUGUGCAAAUCUUGGGCCCGAACCACGCUCGUCAACCUCGAUGUCCCGGAGCCAUCCUCCCGUGGUGAAGUUUUUAUUGUUCCUCAAACAAUUCUGUCAGCAUGGAGCCUUAAAGAGUUGCAUCGAGCCACAAGACUACAGCUGCUCACAGACUGAUUUAAAAGGAAAAAUUGUGCAAAAAGAGACUCGACUUCAAAAGCCCAUUCACCAGCCAGAUGUGAGUGGGGCAGAUUUACAUAUCACUUGGCUCUUUUUUUUGUUGGGUUUUUCUUUUUUCCUUCUCCAAAACCGGUUUAAGCAAUAGAUUCUGUAAGCUGGCGUGUGUUGUGUUGGUGAUUCUCACUGGAAGCCCGGCUCACCGGGUACGCCCUCAGCAGUCAUCUCGCUGUGCAGCCGCUGAGCUGAUGCGUUUUGACCCCGGUGGGUUUGUAAGCUCUCUGCUGGUGACGUGCAGUUCCAGGAAGCAAACUCGGUUCUGCAGAAUGUAUUGCAUACCUGGUGGCAGCUCCGUCUCUUUGAUGCCGUUCACCGUCGUCCUCCUUGGGCGGUGAGAUUAUACAUGUGAUUUAUUUUACGAGUAUUAUUAUUUGAUUGCGUUUUCUUCACUACGUUGUCGUGUAAGUUUGGAGAAGAGAGGUGUGCAGUGUUCCUCGCUGAAGUUGCGUUGCUUAGGGGCUUGCUUCGAUGUAACUGACCCAAGCUGUGGGGUAGGUGGCACCUGGAGCAGGUGGAGAACGGGAGCUGAACCACAGCUGCUUUUUCAUCUCGCCUCGUUCUGUGCAGCCGUGAGUCGUGGUGAAAUGGAAACAAGGGGAAGAAGGCAGGGCCUGCAGCGCCUUGCUUGCCACUCUUUGCUUGAGCUGUGGUCUUUGGUCGGUCUUCCCUCAUCCCAGGCGCAGAAAGAGGGAUUUCACUGCAGCUCUGUGGCUGUUCUUACUGAGGAGCGCGGAGUGCUCCAGCUGUGCCACUAAAGCACCUGGAAAGCUUUCAGAAAGCUUGUGUUCAGUGCUAACAACAGUUUGGGAGCAUGUUUAAUGGAGCUAGCUCCGAGAUACUCAUCUUAUAGCUUGUUUCAGCAGGGAGGGAAAAAAAACCAACACCUAUUGACUUAAUUUUUUUUAGCACCUUCGCACUUAUUUAGCAGGGGCAGAUGUUUCCUUUUGCUGGCAUUUACUUACUUCAGAGAAACUGUUGCUAUUAAGCAGAGUAGUUGCUCUUGUUUCGGCCUCUAGUUCUGGUUUUUUGCAGCUUGAGUUUUAGAGGUGAAAGACUUCUUUAAAAAAAAGAAAAAUAACACACGAAAUACACUUUUUGCUGUCGAUAGUUUCUGGGUUUUUUAAACUAUUGUUAGGAGUUUCUCAGGAAUAAAUCAGCUGAAGCAAAGCAGGCAGAACCAUCUGUGCAGAACUGACAGCGGGCACCUCUUCUCGUGGGCAUUGCCGUACCGGGGCUCGUCCCGAUGGGCUAUUAUGGGGUGCUGCUUCAGUGGCCUCUCCUCCCCUCUGUGUGCAGCGGUGAGGGGCAGCAGUGACAGCCCUUUGGGGAGUGAAAAGCCCCAGUGACCUCCUGGUUCCUGCUUAGGUGAGCCUGGUGGGCACGGCCGGGGUGACAUCUUUGUGGUUUCCAAGGGAGGAGUGAAUGUUUGGUUGUAACCACAGCCUUUGUGAGAUGCAGCCGAAGCAGUGUAUAUGUUAAUUUAUUACAAAGCAUUAUACUUUUCUAUUGUCGGUCCUGAUUUUGGUAGGAUUCUGGGCGAUGGGAAGAGGAGGUGAGGCACGAGGUGUCCUUUGAACCCAUCGCUCCGACCCCUGGGGAAGUGAUGAAUUGCUCCAUCCGGGGGGCAGAUGUUUUCCCCAAUUGCAUCCUAUGCUAGUGCUGUACAUAACUAAUGGUGUUCCUGCAGGAUCAGCAGUCAGCUCUCCUUUCUCAGGACGGUUUUGAAGGCACUGUGCUCCAUUUAAUUUAUAAUAAAAGCAAACAUUGCCCACAUUCCCAGUGCGCUAACUUUUGUUUAAAACCAAUUUUCUCUUGGAAUGAGGUGAGAAAGCUGAUGCUUGAACCCAGCAGUCCACGUUCCGUGAAAACAAAGUUCUUGUUUAUUAUUGUAGCCGGAAAGAAUUUGCAAACAUCUGUGAAUUACUUCAAGCUUUUGUUGGCAUGUGGUGGCUUGGUGGCAUGUCACCCUGGCAGCAGGGGCUGCAGAGCCUCUUCAUUGCUGCUGCUGAGCAGUGGGGAGGGGAUGGGGGGUGUCCAUGGGAGUGAGCAGCCCUCUGUGCUCAGACCUUCCUGGUGCAGCAGAACACUCAAACGGCUUCUCCCUGUCCUGGCUUGUAGGUGGGGACGCUCAGUGGCAAUCCCCUAAUGUGUGCAGGCUUCUGGCACGGGCUGCUCCAGAGAGGAAAUGACUUUAGAGCCCUGCAAAUGCUCCCGGCCCUUAGCACAACAGCAGCUGUUUGUGCAGGCGCUUGGCUGCCAGGGCAUAGGGUUCUUUGGUGCAGAGUGGGGAUGGGUCAGGACUGACUGUAUGCAGCAGUGACAGGUCUGACAUGUUACAAACCCUUCUUUGGCUUAUCCUCAGCUCUGCAGAGUUGUGGUUAAACAUUGACCCGCUCCUGAAUCAGCUUAGCGUAGUCCAAGUGUGAUUCAGCACACAAACCCAAGGAACUGCCAUCUUGCCUUUCCUCUCUUCGUGCAUUGUGUGACUGUGAUGAUUUGAUCCAAGUUUGCUCCUCUGACUCUGAUAGAUGUGAGAACGCUCGUAUCAAUGGACCGGAGCCUGUGCGGAGCAAGGACUGACUGGAGCUGCUUCACGAGGAGCAGGGCUCUGAAGCUUGUGGCUGUGCCAUCACCUUCCACUUCUGCUCAGCACUGAUGAUAAAUGCCUGCUCACCUUCCCUCCCAUCCUGUGCAGCACGGUGACUGGGGUGUGUGCCCAGCACGCUGCCCGCAGCAGUCAGCAUUGCUGCAGUUCACCUUGGCACCGGACAUGUGGGGACUGUGUGCUUCAGUGAUGGAGGAGCUGAGGAGACUGGGAAGAACUCAACUGUUCUGUUUUCUUUUCGUGGAGCUAACUAUCCCUGUAACUGCCUGCCAAAGAGAGAUAAAGGAGUGUGGGACCCCAGCCCUGCUGGGUGUUGCUGGGGUGCCCACCAGGGAUGUGCAGCUGAGGACCUGCUGCAGAGCCACCCCAUCCCAGGGUUGGUGUCUGCCUGCUGCAGCCUGACUUCUGGUUCUUUACACUGUUGAUGUGGAGCAGCACUUUUCUCUGUGUUUUAGCAGACCAGUUCCUCUCUUAUUCUUUACAGAUUUUGCUCUUGUUCCCCUCCCCCUGCCUUUUAAACAAUGUGUAGAUAGAUUUUUUUUGUGAAAUUAAAACCUUUAUUAGCCCUC